AUCAUUUUAUGUAAUAGUCAUUCGUAUUCUAUAACUAAAGCAAUGAGUGUGUUAAUCGUUUUGGUGUUUUUGGGGUUAAUUUAUUUCUUGAAUCGAAGCCGAAAGAAAGUUUUUAAAGUUUUUUACCCCCUAAUUAAAAAAUUAAACGCCUCCGUAACACUGCAAGAAAUUAAAGACGCCCGAGAUGAGGAGCUUAGAAAUCAGCCGGAGGUCCAACAAGAACAACCCAAAACUUUAUCUUCAUCAAAAAAAAACGAUUCGCUCACAAUUUAUGGUUUGGAUCAAAAAGGGAACUCAAUUAUCAUUAAAAUGAUCAUUAAAAACACUUUGCACGCUGAAACAAUGAUCGAGUUUCGAUUAAAUAAUGGGAAAGUUUACGUUUUUCCAAAUGAUGAGGAAACGUUGAUUUGUAGCAUCCAAUCGCGUCAAUGGAAAGCAAACGCGCUCUCUAUUCAAGUUUUAAAACCUUACACAAGACUUAGAAUCAUUUUUAAUGGAAUCUUAAAGAAUAAAUUUCCCCCAAAAAACGAUCAAAAUGAUUUAGAACAUAUUCAAUUUAAUUUUAUUUGGACUGCUGGAAGUAUUCCAUUUCAUUACCCACAACAUUUCCAAAAAGACGUCUUGAUUAAAAUGAUUCAAAAAAGAACUUGGAAAGACAGCAAUUGGUUGAAACACCUGUUAUCCAUAAACGGUUACGAACAAUUUGGAUGUUUAACCGGAUUCUUAAAAGGCGAAAAUUACCCCGAAGAAAUAACCUUUAAAAUGCCUAGUUACAGAACGCGAUAUUGGGGGAGUUCAGAGUCGAUUUCGACGAAAGAGAGCACCUCGAGCUUUGGGGUUUGCAAAAAUGGAACACUAUUUUUCGUCGAUAAUCGAAUAAUUAAUGGGAGCGAACAAGAUAUUCUUUUAGAACAAGGAUUUAUUUUGUUAAGUAACGGGCAGUCAAGACCAAUCAAUGAUUCGCACGUGCGUUUUGGGAAAAUCGAAGGAAAUAAAGAGAAAAUUAAUGGUGUUAUUCGAAUAGGAGCUAACAGAAAGAAGUUUUCUGGGACGAUUUCAUCGGAAAAAUCACCUCGAAUCGAAAUAAAAUCGUCCGGAAAAUUAGGUUGGAAAGAAACGCAUUUUAUUUCAAAGGGACAUUUCGAUAGAAACGAAGUCGUCGUUUUAACCAACUUUUUCAAAUCGAGCCCAAAUGGAGCAUUAAAACCCCUUCCGAAACCAUUUUUAACCCAAAAAUCCGCACAAAACCCAGAAAACGUUUUAAUAUGUCGAUUAAACUCGUCGGAGUGUUUGGAUUUAUCGUUAACAGGAGGGAAAGGAAAUUCUUUAGGGUUAUUGUCAAACAUAACCUCAAAUUUCUUUAAGGUCCCAUCCGGUUUUGUAAUAACAGUUUCGGCUUUUAACCAACAAUUAUCAUCCUCGCAACGAUUAAAACAAGCGAUUAACCGACUUGAAGUUGCAUGUUAUGGCAAAUCUAACCUAAAAAUUGAGGAUGUUUGCGCGGAUGUGGUUGAAAUUUUUUCGAAUGAGCCCGUUUUUGAUGGUUUAGUAAAGACAGUUGAGGAAGAAAUAAAAAAUUUAAACGAUGAAAUUAAUUCGGAUGAGAAAAAUUGGAAGUGGGCUGUUCGUUCUUCGGGAAUCGGAGAGGAUUCUGAAGAAUUGUCAACGGCCGGACAAAAUUCAACUUAUUUAGGAUGUAGAGAUGCCGAUGUUUUAAGCGCAGUUCGUAAAUGUUGGGGUUCGCUGUUUCAAUUUCACAGCGUUCAAUAUCGGAUCCAACAUGGUUUACCGGUUAGUGCUGAGAUGGCGGUGGUUGUGCAAAAAACGGUCCCGGCUGAUUGUGCUGGAGUUCUUUUUACUUGUCAUCCAACUUCCGGUGAUCCAUCUGAGAUGAUUAUAACUUCAAAUUUCGGAUUGGGGGAGAGCGUUGUUUCCGCUUCAGCUGAUCCGGAUACAAUAAUAUUAAGGCGGACAUAUCACGGGUUAAUUUCAAUUAAAAGUUGUACAAUUGGGGGUAAGAAAAUUCAAAUUACAUUGGGGAAUGACGACAUUGGAGGGGUUGAAGAAAAAGGUGUUAAUGAAGAUGAUGCGAAAAGAAUGAGUUUAAGCGAAGAGCAAGCGGUGAUUUUGGGGGAGUUGGGCGUUCUUCUUGAGGAUGAAUUCGGGAAUCCUCGAGAUGUCGAAUGGGCUUUUUAUAAGAAUAAAUUAUAUCUUUUACAAUCACGACCCGUAACAACAUUAACGAAUUGGAGCGAUUUUGAGUUAUUGCAUGAAUUUGAUACUCCGGUAUUUUCUGAUGAUGAAGUUUUUACAAGAGUGAACAUUGGUGAGGUUAUGAAAGGAGCCAUAACGCCUUUAACUCAAUCGACGACGUUGCACACCAUGGAUAAAUUAAUUCAAAAGGAGAUGAUGGGUGAAACUAAUCCGUACGUUUUAAUGGGGUGCCCUACAUUUAUGCAUUAUGGAUUUCUUAAUGUUUUGAAUACUUUAUAUAAAAAUGUGCCGAAGAAAAUUGAUGUGGAAAUCCGCGUUUCUGAGUUAGCAAUGUUGGGACAUCCAUUUAUGGAUGAAAAAAUUCAUAAGGAAUGUGUACGAAGACAUGGUUAUAAUGUGGGGUUAAACAAGUUAAUAACUCGCUUUACUUUAUUUAAUAAAGCCUUCUUUAGGCGGGAUCGUUUAAAUAAAGCGAUUGAAAUUAAUCGAAAAUGGGACAUAACCUUCAAAGAAAAUGAGACCCCCAAAGAAAUUUUCGACAAACUCUCCUCAUCUUUUCAUGUUUUUGAGAAAAUGAUGACUUGUUAUGUUAAUGUUAACUUCACAAACACGAUUUAUAAUAUGUUAUGUGUCACGAUUUUGACCGGGGGCCAAUCGGAAUUUACUCCGGAUCACUACCAUGAUAUCGCUUUGGUUUUAAAAACAAAAGGUGGAGUUGAAACUGUGGAAUUGCCGGUGAUUUUGCAGAAAAUCUCCGAUUUAAUAAGAAAAGCGGGGAAAAGUGAGGAAUUUAUUAAAAUUAACUCCAAAAAUGCUAUCGAUUGGAUGAAAAAUAAUUGUGGUGAAGCUGCAAACGUUUUCGAACGAUUUUUGCAAGUACAUGGACACCGAUUAUUUUCUGAGUAUGAGUUUGCUUCGAAACCGUGGAUCGAAGAUCCAACUCCAAUUUUAGAAAUGAUCCAAGCGAAUUGUCGCACUGAGGCAACGACGAAAAUGGUUGAAGGAAUGGAUGUAAAUGAAACUGUGGAAAAAUUAUUGACACCUUUAACUAAAAGAAAAAAGAAAAUUUUAAAAUUUUUGAUACAAAAACUCCGUGACUCCAUCGUCCUAAAAGAACUAACUAAAUCGCAAUUUAUACGAUGUUUGGGGAAGUUCCGAAAAGGUUAUAAGGUGUUAUCAGAACGUUUGGUCGCACAAGGAUUCAUUCCGGAACCUGAAUUAAUGUAUUAUUUGACCCAAAGCGAAUUGGGGGAGGUUAUUGAAAUGAGAGAUCCCAUUUUAAUUUCAAAAGCCCUUCGACGACGAAGAUUAUUUAAACAAUGGGACAAAAUGCAAUUUUCCGACAUAAACAUUGGUUUUCCAACCCCAGAUCGGGAUGGAACUGAAAAUAAUGUUUUUAUUGAGAGAAAAUCUGGGGAUUUAGUGCAAAUUAAAGGAACUCCUGUUUGUACCGGAAUUGUGAAAGGUCGAGCUUGUGUCGUUGUUGAUUUAAAGGAGUGUUCUCAAUUACAACCAGGCGACGUUUUAAUAACAUAUUGCACCGAUGUAGGUUGGACCCCAUAUUUUCCAAUGUUAUCUGGGGUUGUAACCGAAAUUGGAGGGUUGCUUUCACACGGAGCUGUUGUUGCGAGAGAAUACGGUUUACCGUGUAUUGUAGGAGCUCAAGGAGCUGCUAAAACAUUCAAAACAGGCGAUUUGGUUGUGCUUAAUGGAAAAACCGGGGAAUUACAACUUAUUGAGUGAAAAUGAGGGGUUAAGUAUUAAUAUUUUUAAUAAAUGUGAAUUAGUAAGUUUAA